GUCAAACGCUACUGCUAUUAGCCCGCUGGAAAUCUGCCUGUCUUGGCAUUGUUGGAUCUUGUUGUAUUUUGUCUUCAUAAACAUCUUCAUAAAAGAGGUUGAUUAAGGUGCAGAAUGUACAGCUUUAUGGGUGGAGGUUUGUUCUGUGCAGGAGUGGGGAACAUCCUCCUGAUCGUUUCCACAGCAACUGAUUACUGGAUGCAGUAUCGGCAGUCCAGCAACUACAUGCACCAGGGCCUGUGGCGCUACUGUAUGCCGGGUAAAUGCUUCCCACACAACGACAGCAUUGCCCACCUAGAUGCCACCCGUGCCCUCAUGAUCCUCUCUCUUUUGGCCUGUUUCAUUGGCAUCAUCAUUGGCAUCAUGGCCUUCAUCCAUUACUCCUCCUUCGACAGGUUUGACAAAACCUUUGCUGCAGGCAUAUUGUUUUUCAUCUCAUGCUUUUUAGUGUUUCUAGCAAUGGCAGUGUACACUGGUGUGACUAUUAACUACUAUGGGAAACGCUAUGGAAACUGGAGGUUCUCCUGGUCCUAUAUCAUUGGCUGGGUGUCAGUGGUGCUCACCUUUUUUUCAGGUAUAUUCUAUUUGUGUGCCUAUCGGAUGCAUGAAUGCCCCAGGAGCACUAACUCUCAUUAGAAGACUUAUUAUACCAUC